AUGCAAACCUCCACAGCCACCACGGGACCCUCAGGAAGAGGGUACGACUGCGUCAAACCUCAGCAAGCUGAGCCCCUACCUCAGCCUAGCCGCCGCCUGCCACCUGACCCUCACGAUUUACCUGCCAUCCGUCCAUUGCGAUGUGAAUUCUCUGGUGAUGAAGCAUCACCUCUUGAAACCCCAAGAGAUCCUCUUCUGGCUUCCUCAAACUGGAGCAAAAGACAAAGUCUCUUUUCAGAGAGGUGGAGGGCAGAGAGACCCCGCCUGGUAAACACGGCUGCGGAAAGGGAACAUGUGGCAACACACAUCUGCCAACAGUGUGGGAGUAAUCCAGCGGCUGUCCGGUGUUGUGACUGUAGACCACGUCCCUUCUUCUGUGCUGAAUGUGACGUCAGCAUGCACACCAGACAUGUUCUUCACAACAGAGAUGCCAUGACUGCUGGAUUCUUCCAACCAUUGCCUCCAACAACUUACGUGGUGGAUAAGGCUCUUUCCCAUUGUGUCCGGCUUGUACCUGUGGAGAUGCCUGACAAAAUCUGUGGUUGCUCACCAGAGUCAUUGUGUCACGCUGUGGAGCAGGCAGAAGAUCAGGCAGAGUCCAGAUUAACACGAAGAUUACUUUAA